GUAGAUCUCCAAUAAUUGAUGAAUUCUAGGCAAACUUUUAACGUUCUGCCUGUAGUUGUACAACAUCAGAUUAUUCUUUACAACUGUUUAUGAUUAUAAUCAAGUAGUUUUUUGAAAUAGUUUCACAGAACAGUGAUGAUGUUACAGGACGCAUAGUGCGUAAAUUUUGUCUCUUCAAGUCAGUUUUUGUUGAAACUCGCUUUUUUGUCACCUUUCCAACAAAGAGUCACCUGUUCCAACUAUUUUGUGAUAAUAUUGAUUAAUUUUUCGGAAAACCCUCUAGAAUGACAAUUUACUAAACCGUCCAAAAUAUUGAACUUUCGCAAAGCCCAGGUCCACAGUUUCGAUUGAAGCCGAUCUCUGUGCCAAAGAUGCGCAAUUUUUUUUUUUAAGCAUGUUUUGGAUGAUUGGAAUUUCGUGUUUUAGAUUUGCUCCCGAACUUGUUAUAUGAAUGCACUUAUCGAAAAAUAAAUCUAUAAUUUCUUAACAAGUUUUUCAGCCCAUCUCGUCUCAUAAUAUGAAUUAAUUUUUCAGCACAUCUGAAACCUGACCUUCCAAUUUUUACAAGCUUUUGUGCUUGUAUGCUUUAUUUUAUUGUAAUUUAAUGACCUGGAUAUAGCUGUACCGAUAUAAUUGAGGAAUUGAUGAUUUUUUUUAAUUAGAAAUUUUGGCUAUUCUAAUAAUCUCAUUAAUAACACAUUAUACACGCCUAGAGCUGAACCGACAUUAAACCUAAGAUUCUAUACCUCAAAAUUAAGUGUCUCAUCUUGCAGAAAUAUCUAAUUUUUUAAACACUUUUUGUCACUAAUCAGUCACUUUACUAAUAAUCAUAGUCACUUUUCUUACUUUUGUUGCGCAAGUAGACCGCUGUGAAUUCUAGUAUUAUGAAAACCUAGAAAUAGGGACAUUAUAAGCAGCUGAAGCUUGAGUAAUUAUUAUCCAAAAUAUUGCAUCUGAUACCGUUAAUUUUUGUGCAUUGGCAUAAUUCAUCAUAGAAAACAAAUAAUAUUAAAUCAAGCCGUAAUAAAUAUUCCUGCGUUGAUUCAGGCAAGGAUCGCGUGUAACUGAAGAAUAAUAUGUGACGAGAAAAAAAGUAAGGGUGUGGGUGUGGUUAAAUAUCGAUGUUAUCAUUAGCUUAAAGGGUGAGGCAGAGCAUCCGCCAAAAAUGGGAGCGCCGUUCGGCUCACCUUCAGAAUCACAAUCAGACGGUAUUCGGAAUUUGACACAGUCACAGACCGUUGCGGUUCUUAUUGUUAGAUUCAUUUAUCGAAUUGACGUUAUUCCUCAAAUAAUUUUGAGUGAAAUAAUAUCAUUUAAAUAAGUUUUACUACAAGUAUAAUUUAAAAUAGCUACACACUUAGUCAACUAUCUAGUCCGCUGCAGUGUUGGGUUUCGUUAAGCAUGGGGAAUAAAGUAGCUACUUUUACCGAAGAACAACUCGAGGAUUAUCAAGAUUGUACUUUUUUUACUCGUAAAGAAAUAUUGAGAAUUCAUAAAAGGUUUCGUGAUAUGGGUGACCCAGGAACUGUACCACGAGUGAUGUCAGCCCAAGACGCAGCAAAUUUACGUCUGCCCUUAUCGUGCGUUACGCGUCUCCCGGAGCUGAGGGAAAAUCCGUUUAUGGAACGGAUUGCCGAAGUUUUCACCAAGUGUCGAGAUCCCGGCUGGAGUUUGGACGAAGGUAUAUGCUUUGAGGAAUUCUUGGAAAUGAUGUCCGUAUUUUCAGAACACGCGUCGCGCGAUUUGAAAGUGUUCUAUGCGUUUAAAAUUUAUGAUUUUGACGAAGACGGAGUGCUGGGACUCGGUGACUUAGAACGCACUUGUCGACAAUUAGUCAGAGGAGCUCUCAGUGCUGAGGAAGUAGCCACAAUCUGUCGCAAGGUAUUGGAGGAAAGUGACAUCGAUGGAGACGGUUCUCUAUCCUAUUUAGAGUUCGAGCACGUCAUCACAAGGGCCCCAGAUUUUCUGGCGACGUUUCACAUACGAAUUUAAUAUAGAUAAGAAAUUCCUAAACAGAAUAAUAGAAAAUUUAGAACGGAAUCAAGUAUGAAAAAAAUAUAUAUACAUGGGUACGUCCAAUACUUUUCGACCGCAGCCUGCGGGCUUGGGUCAGCGAUUCGGCUUCUGAUUUUCUUCAAGAGAGUAGGUUAUAAAAGAAGACGAUUCCCCAAAUUUGAGCUUAAUAUAAGAAAAUCUGGUGGCUAUAGAAAUUUUGGAAGUUUUUAAUAAUUCAAUUCUUUAGUUAUUUUCACGAUUUUUUCACGAGAGCUCUAUGGGGCUUAAAGACUCGAAUCAAACGGCAUUCCCCUUCUCUGACCUUGUAUUUUGAGGAAAAAAAUAGUUUUUUACUCCAAAGCAAAAUCCAGUUUAAUUAGGACCCUUUUCAUGAACUGCUAUUUUAGCAAAAUUUCGCAUAACUUUGAAACGCUGCCACGUCAAGAAUUUUCCAAGUAGACAGCCAAUCGACGGCACAAAUUUUUCGUCUAGGUAUACUUUAUCACUACCUACAAGAAUUAUUAUUAAUUACCACGUUCCUUUUUAUAUACGGCCUCGCAAAACCAACUGAUUUCUGAAAAAUUGCUUCUUUCAGAUAGCUGUAACUUUUUUCUAUCAACUCGAAAUCGCUUGAAAUUUUCAGGGAAAAUACUUCAUUCUAUCCCCAAACAACGCUGAAAAUUUCCAGCUGGGAGUCGAAGUUGUUAACGAGCUGUGAAUUUUCAAAAUGUUCAAGUUUCCCACAUAAUAUUUCAUAAUUCAU